UUGCCACGGAGAAAAGAACUGGUCUACCCAUUGAAGUUCACAAUGCAGAUCGGGAUCUCAGACUCAAAAACAUGUGGAUAGCCGACCAUUCUAAACAAUGCCGCUUGCUUGCGAUCUUGGAGGACCUCGAGACACACUACAUCGAUACUUCGCUCCACGACAAAGAGCUCGUCAACGACGAUUCCUUAUCCCAUCGACUAUGCGAAUUUCUCACCCAACGCCUCGCUCUGUCGCCUGAAUGGUCAUCCGAGAGUUUGAAGCUCUACGCAAAGGAUCUUUCCUUCCUGGUCAAGUGGAACUUUCUGCCGAAAAUCAAGGAGGAGUCGCAGAGCAUUGUCGCACUGGAGCUGAAGAAUCACUGGAAAGGACUCGUGGAGUCGCAUUCACUGACUCAGGAUACCAGGAAGUCGGUGCAGCUGCCUCGCGAAGCGGUACGAAAGAUCGUUCGAGAUAGCAUGAAACAGCCAACCGCCGCUAGGGAUAACUUCUUCUACCUUCUGAGCUGUACUGCUGAAGUCCGUCCCGGAUACUUACUACCUACGCCUACCUAUGAGGAUUGCUUGACGUGGCAAGAGGUAACGCUGCGGCAUGUCAUCGGGACUGCGGAUGACACUAAGGACAAAGUAGUCCUUGGAUUCGCGUUCGAUCUGAAGCUCACUCGAUGGAGAGGGCCAAAUGGCUACAAGGACGUGGAGAAAGGUUGGUCUGCUGGCUCCGUCGCCAACUCGGACGAAAUCUACGUGGAUCUCCCUCUAUACCUCGUCGCCAUCGGGUUUGCCCAGAAAGUUUUCAUUGGGAUCGAAACGAUGGAAGAUCUCUGGUCAUACUCAAUUUCUGGCCUCAGGAUCAAGUCAGAUGCCAGAUCAUGGCCGGUCUUCCAGAAUGCUGAAGGUCAAGCUUGGCGGUACUAUACCGCCAUGCGAGGCUAUCAGACGAGAGCUAAGCAAGCUGGGGUGAUUGAAGAAGGGCAAAAGGCUGUGUUUUACGGGGUCACCGAAGCUGAGGCUUUUCGUGAACCGUGGUAUCAGAAACAAGACCGUGUUUUCGCAGAGUGGAGCCAGGCUGAUGGAUGGGGAGAGAAGUAUCUUGAUGAGGCCGACGAGAGCAUCGAGUCGGGUUGUGGUGAUGAGAAGGGCGAGGAGGUCACAGCAGUCGAUCAGACCACUACGACUACGGAUACUGCUCAAACCGUCACCCCGGCGGUCGGAACGUCGUCAGCUCUCGUCGAGAUGAAGAAGGCCUUCUUACGAAGGAUCAUCCAACAACUCGUCGAUCGAACCAGCUAGAUAUGAGG